AUGGACCAUCCCCACCUGUAUACACCAGAGCCCUUUAAGGUUGCUUACGGAAGAGUUGGCCGGUACCGAAGAUUUCAGCAACCCAGAAAGAGAAAUGGCUCAUUCAAAAGGAAGGGGAUUGAAAGAUGGCAUAGAGCUGUAUCUCCCAACUUAGUAAAACAAAAUGUGUUGGUCCCCAAAGAGGAAUCAGCCAAUGAGAGUGACAUGGAAUUUCAUGAAAGCCAGCAAAAUCAGAAAAGAGAUUUGGUCAAGAAAGUGAAGACUUUUUUGGUGAGGAUGCUGUCACACAAGUACAGAAGCAAGCCAGCAAGUGUCAGCAGAGAGGGCUCCACUAACCCUAAGGAAACCCUCCUUUCAAAUACGCAGAGCCUUCUUCCUAGAAUUGUCAAGGAGCUUCCAUCGCCCAAGUUGUUUACCAAACCAAGAAUGAGAAAGCUCUCACAGAAUGCAACUAUACAACUUGAUGUUGUAGAAGCAGAGACAGAGGAGAUAACCCAAGGAAAUACACUCCUCCGAGCCAGGAGAACCACCAAGCAGUUAUCUGUGACAUCCCUUCCCUCAGGACUGCAGAAGUUUAUAAGAGAAUGUCCCAAAGGUGAGAAUGUUCAUUUAAGCACCGUCACAGAUAUCAUGUUGGCACUUCUUAAUCUGAUGUAUUUUUGCAUUUUUAUGAUAGUUCCGUAUUCCUCAAAAAAGAGACCACACUUUCCAGCAUUUAAAAAAAAGAAACAUAGCACGGAAAACAUCCUCCGAAAAUCAGAUUUGACAGUAGGAAAGCUUCAAAUGCAGGUGGAUGACCUCAUAGAAGCAGUGACAGAUAAAUCCAUGAAGCUAUUGGCCCAAAGACACGCUGAGCUUCAACAGUGUGAGUUUCUAGGGGAUGAAAUCCUUCAGUCUUCCAAGCAGUUCCAGAGGAUAUCCAAGAGAACCAUGAGGAAGUAUAAAUUGAAAAACGUGUGUUUCCCAUGUACCUGGUGCUGCUUCUGA